AACCAAACCAUGCUCGGCGCGUUCCUUGAGGACAUUCGGUCGCAGCACGCAUGGCGCGACGCCCAAGACGAGCUCUUCCGCGACCAGUCCAAGCUUCGCGAUGCGUCAGACAUGAAGGACGUCGCUGCAUAUCGGGCGGCCAACCUCAAGCGGCGCAUGGACCAGUCCGCAGCGUGGCGCACGCUGUGGCCCAACCAAGGCCCAACGCAGCAGCCUCCACCGCCUCCUAGUCCUUCGACAUAAUACGAUCAAAUGAAUUGAUAUUGCAUUUCAUAUCG